AUGGACGGCAGCGAUUCCCCCAAGAAGCUGAACGCAACGGCGAAGGAGUUCUCCUUUAAUCCAGGGGCUACGACUUGGAAGCCGCCCGCGGCCUUUACACCGCCACCCCCUGCAGCUGCUCCAGUCCCUGCAUUUGAUGUGGCGAUGCCUGUUCCCAAGAAGGGCAGCGCUACCGUUCUGGGUGCUUCUUCCGCUGCUAUAGCGGAGCCCGUGGCCCAAUUGGAAGAAAAGGUGGAGGAAUUGGAGGUGAACGACCAUAAAGAGGAGGUGGCUGAAGCAGCUGAUACGGAAAAGGCAGAGGAGGUGGAGGUGGAAAAGGCUCAGGAGACUGAAGAGACCAAGGCGGAGGAGGGGGAAGACGAGGACACUUUUGAAGAAGCAGAAGUGAGUGACGAAGACCCUCGCGAGCAUCUGAACGUUGUGCUCAUCGGUCAUGUUGAUGCCGGCAAGUCAACGCUGUCGGGCAACCUGCUGUAUCUCAUGGAUAUGGUGGAUAAGCGGAUCAUUGAGCGCUACGAGCGCGAAGCCAAGCAGCGCAAUCGUGACAGCUGGUUCCUUGCGUAUAUUAUGGAUACGGGUGAGGAAGAGCGAACCAAGGGCAUCACCGUUGAGGUCGGACGCGCCCAUUUUGAGACUGAAAGCCGUCGGUUUACGAUCUUGGACGCCCCGGGACACAAGAAUUACGUGCCUAAUAUGAUCCAAGGCGCGUCACAGGCCGAUGUCGGCCUCCUUGUAAUUUCGGCACGCAAAGGCGAAUUCGAAACGGGCUUUGACCGAGGCGGACAGACGCGUGAGCACGCCAUGCUGGCCAAGACGCUGGGUAUUAACAAGCUUAUUGUCGUCAUCAAUAAGAUGGACGAAGCAAACUGGGAACAAGAGCGGUUCGACGAGUGCGUCAACAAGCUUCGUCCAUUUUUGCGUACAUGUGGCUUCGCUGUAAAGCGCGAUGUGGCAUUCAUUCCCGUGUCAGGCCUGCAUGGCGACAAUGUCAAGGUGCCGCUGGACAAGGCCAAGGCACCGUGGUACGAGGGCGACUCACUCAUUGACUACAUGGACAAGAUGCACAUUGCCAACCGUAACCCGGAUGGACCUCUGCGUGUGCCGAUCUUGGAUCGCUACUCUGAGCGUGGCACGAUUGCUUUGGGUAAGGUGGAGUCAGGCGUGUUGGUGACAGGCCAGAAGGUGGUGCUGAUGCCCACGAACACGCCGGCGGUGGUGAAUCAAGUGUUUAUCAAUGAACUGCCCGUGCGUACUGCCAAGCCUGGUGAGAACGUGACUAUCCGCCUGUCCAGUGGUCUUGACGAAGUCCAAAAAGGCUUUGUGCUCAGUGGUGUCAAAGACGAUAACCCGCCGCGUGCGAUCCAUGCUUUUGCCGCGCAAAUUGCUCUCGUGGACACUUUGGAGCACCGUCCGUUGCUGACGGCUGGCUACAAGUGUAUUUUGCACAUUCACACGGUUGCGCAGGAGUGUAUUGUUGCGAAAUUGCUCCGCCCUAUUGACCCGAAGACGGGCAAGCCGGUGAAAAAGCAUGUGGCUUUCAUUAAGCAGGGCCAAGCCGUUGUGUGCCGGAUUGAGGUGGAACAGAGCAUUACGAUUGAGACGUUUGCGACCAUGCCUCAGCUCGGUCGUCUCACUCUUCGUGACGAGGGUAAGACAAUUGCUAUUGGCAAGGUGCUGGCCCUGGAGAAGUAA